AUUUGGACCUUUAGAAUCAAAACAGCAGCUUUUUCAAAUAAUUUGGACUGAAAAGUUCUGAUGAGUCUGUGACACUGCUGGUUCUGAUCCAAACAGAACCUUUCUGGUGAAAAUGGCCUCACUGGUUCUGCUGGGUCGGGUCUGGUUCUGCUGGGUCGGGUCUGGUUCUGCUGGGUCGGGUCUGGUUCUAUUGGGUCGGGUCUGGUUCUGUUGGGUCGGGUCUGGUUCUGUCUCAUCCUCAGCCCCCCCGGUGGUGGGGGUCGGGGUGACCCGGAAGUGCUCCAGAACCAUCUCCGGACUCGGUUCUGGUUGAUGAUCGAAGCAGAGGAUCGGUGCUGGACCCGGAGCGAUGCAGACCGAUCCGGAUCCUCAGGACAGCAGAGCAAAGUCCCUGCAUGAUGUUUGGUUUGGGACCAUGUGGGAUUUCAGGGAUGCAGUGGAGGAGUUCUACAGCAUUCGGGUCAAACCAGAACCAGGAGAAGAUGAACCAGAACCAGGACAUGGCGUGGAGAUCCGCUCGUUUCCGCUCCUGAAGAAGCUGUCAGUCACACUCACUGACUGCAGGGCGUGGCUGAAGGGGCGGGACUUCCUCUGUCUGGGCGAGCGCCCCUGGCCCCAGCGCACCAACAGCGGCAGGAAGAUGGUGUACUGCCCCACCUGUCAGAGGGGCUUCUACAAGCAGGCCCACCUGGAGGCCCACCUGUGGAGCCAUCGAGGACAGAAACCCAACGAAUGCUGGCAGUGCGGGAAGACCUACCCCACCGUGAUGAGUCUGGCGGUUCACCAGCAGGUCCACGGCCGCAGCCAGCCCUACCGCUGCUCCUACUGCGACCGCACCUUCGCCCUGAAGAGGGACUGGAAGACCCACCACCGCACCCACUCCGGGACCAGGCCCUUCCGCUGCUGGUUCUGUGGGGAUGGCUUCAGCGAGCAGGACCAGCUGGACCGGCACCUGGAGCUCCACAAGGACGAGCGGUCCUACCACUGCGAGCUCUGCGACAAGAUGUUUGUGUCCUACCAGGGCUUCAACUUCCACCGCAAGUCCCACAAGAAGUCCAAGCGAGUGCCCUGCCUGCAGUGCUCCAAGACCUUCAGCAACCCCCAGAGCCUGAAGGUCCACCAGGCCACGCACUCCAGCCGCAAGCCGCACACCUGCCCCACCUGCGGGAAGGGCUUCAAGCUGCACGGCGGCCUGCGCAGCCACCAGCGCGUCCACGGCGGCCUGAAGGAGUACCGCUGCUCUGAGUGCAGCAAGUGCUUCUCCAGCCUGCAGGGCCUGAAGCUGCACCACCGCACCCACACCGGCCUGAAACCCUACGCCUGCUCCCACUGCGGGAAGAGGUUCACCCAGGCGCCGCACCUCAAGUCGCACAUGGUCACCCACACGGGCGAGCGCCCCUUCCUCUGCACCACCUGCGGCAAACGCUUCACCCAGUCGUCCCACCUGCGCUCCCACUUCAAGCUCUUCCACCUGGGAGAGAAGCCCUUCAGCUGCGCCGACUGCGGGAAGAGCUUCACCAUCGCGCACUACCUGAAGAUGCAUCGUCUGAGCCACACCAAGGAGAAACUCUACCACUGCUCCUACUGCCACAAGGCCUUCUCCUACCACAACUCCUGGAGGGCCCACGAGAGGAUCCACACCGGCGAGCGCCCCUUCCGCUGCCGGGACUGCGGCCGCACCUUCGUCACAUCCGGCUCGCUGCUGGGCCACCGCCGGGCCGUCCACACCGGCGAGAAGAACCACUACUGCAUCACCUGCGGCCGCUUCUUCUUCACCAGCUCGCUGCUGCGGGUCCACCAGCUGGACCACACCGGCGAGCGGCCGCACGCCUGCAGCUGCGGCAAGACCUUCAAGACCAAAGGAGUCCUCCGCUUCCACCUGAAGAGGUUCACCCAGCACCAGCCGGCGCGCUAGGCCGUCCUCCCUCUGCCACCGCCGCAGCAGGUAGGGACCUGGGACGGCUGGGCCGCCGCUGCGACCCGCCGCCAUGACCUGCUGCUGUGACCCGCCGCUGCGCUUCAGACGCUGCUAAUGAAAUAAACUCAGAAACUGAUGAAGGUCUGAAGCCCGGUUCUGUUCCGGUCCAGGUGAACCUCAGACCACUGCAGCGCGGCUCGGCGGGUCCAGCUGAAACAGAACCGGCCCGGUUAAAGCUGCGCCUGGACCAGAACCGGCUCUGCAUGCUCUUCCACCUGUUGCAUAGACCCGAUCCUCGGCCCAGUCUGAACGGGUCUCUGAUGAGCAGAACCAGAAUAAAGCUCUGCUGAAAGCUG